AUGCAGUCUGGUCGGAGUGGACGUGUCCGACGUAAGGUCUCGCUCUCCAUUCCGGAUGUCAUCAACAUUCUGCUUGCCGACGACGACGGCGACAACGCGGCCGAGGUGGAGGGCCACAUGGCCCGGUGUGGCCACAAGGGCAAGCGGGUGACGGAUACCGACGCGACAUGGGCGGCUCUCACCGAAGAGAAGAACCGUGGCUAUGUUCGACAUGACGUCUUGCUCCUCUCGGCUACCCUCCCGGGCUCGCUUGCCCUCACUGAGCUCCUGGGCAUGGUCCGGGCCGAGGCGACGCUUAAGAACAUGCCGGUCAUUGUCAUGUCGGCCACAGAGGAUGCCGACGUGGCGUAUCGCUGCCUGCGGGCUGGUGCUGACGACUACUUCCUCAAGCCCAUCCGCGAGUCGAUGGUGCGGGGCAUCUGGCAAAAGGUGUGGAAGAAGCGCCAGGAGCACACGUUCCUGCAAAAGCUGGAGGAGGAGCAGACGAGGAGGCUUGCCAUCGAGCAGCAGAUGAACUCGCUCAAGGAGCGGGUCGACGAGGCCAUCGACACGCCUAUCUCUAUCAUCUCGCGCACCAUUUCGGGCCUCAUCCAGCAGGACAACCUGACCGACGAUGUCCGCGCCGCGCUCCGCGACAUCCUCUCCAACCUGCGGUCAUCCAACCUCUACGAGCCAGCGUUUGAGAAGCUGCUGGACCAGGGCCAGGUCGACGCCGAGACCAAAAACUCGGACCCAUCGCUCUGCACGGCCUCGGUCCGCGACAUCACCGCACCCAAGGCAGCGGUCUCAAACGAGGAUCUCGACUCGGGCUCGGACUUUUCGGGCUCGGUCGAGUUUGUUACCACCGACGACGAGGACAGCAGCAAGGACAAAGCCUCAUACUCGUACUCGGGCGACUCUGGCUCCGGGUCGUCCGCCUCGGGAUCGGGCGGCGGCGGCUCGGGCGGCUCGGGUGGCACAAGCGGCGGCUCGGGCUCAGACUCGGAUUCGACGGGCGUUGUCGGCGACUCGGCCGAUGGCAAGUUGCCGGCGACCAAGAAAGUGAGUGAGUCGAGUAUGGCAUCGGUGGAGGUCUCGUCGCGGCCACGGCGACAGCGCUCGGGUGCGUCGUCCAAGCUCAACCCCAAGUUUGCCAAGAGCGGCAAGUUCAAGGGCGAGACGACACAGACAGGUCUUCCGUCAUUCCUUUACCAGCCGCAUGUUGUCCAGUCGCUGCGGGACUUUACCUUUGACGUGUGGGCUUACAAGGAGGACGAGCUCUGCGAUCUGCUCAUCCAAAUGUUCUACGACCUCGGCCUCACCGAGCGGUUUGCCAUCGACUCGGACCAGCUGGCGGCGUUCAUCCACUACGUGGAAGCCAACUACCAUCACAACCCAUACCACAACUUUCGGCAUGCGUUUGACGUGACCCAGAUGGUGUACUGGUUCCUGGCGUCAGGCGGUGCCGAGCUGUUGACGUACCUGGACGUGCUCGCGCUGAUGGUGGCGUCGAUUUGCCACGAUGUCGACCACCCGGGCGUCAACAACAACUUUCACACAAACGUGUCGUCGCCAAUGGCGCUCCGCUACAACGAUGCGUCUGUGCUGGAGAACCAUCACGCGUACUUUACGUUUGUCACCCUCUCUCAGCCCGAGUACAACAUCGUGAGCGCGCUCUCGCCCGACGAGUACCGCGACUUUCGGAGAACAGUCAUUGACGCCGUCCUGGCCACAGACCUCAAGCUCCAUGUCGACAUCUUCUCGCGCUUCUCAGCGCUCAUCGCCGACUACUCGGUAGAGAAGAAGGACCAUCGGAGGACGCUCUGCCAGAUUCUGCUCAAGUCGGCCGACAUCUCUAACCCGGUUCGGCCGUUCCCCAUCGCCAAGUACUGGUCCGACAUGAUUGUGGAGGAGUUUUACGACCAGGGCGACCUCGAGAAGCGCAUUGGCAUUCCUGUUUCUGCCUUUAUGGACCGCGAAGUCGGUGGCCAGGUUCAAAUGACGCUCAACUUUACCGACUUUCUUGUCAAGCCGCUCUACUCGGCGCUCUCCUCGCUCCUGCCGAAGGUCUCGCUCUGUCUCGACUCACUAGCCUACAACCGCGCACGGUGGGUCGAGAUCGGCGACCACGAGUCGGCUGCAGCCGCAGCCGCCGCAGCCGCAGCCGCCGCGGUCGAAUCUGACACUACCACGCUCGACCGUCAGGCCACGUCGGUGCUCAGCUCGUUAUCGAGCGCAUCCGGGCUCGACGCAACGAGCUCGACCUCGAUGCCCGACCUCUCGCCGGCAUCGUCAUGA